AUGCAACUUUAUUGUAUAUGUAGAUCAUCCGAUGGUGAAUCAUUUAUGAUUGAGUGUGACAACUGUGAUGAAUGGUAUCACGGUGCAUGUGUAAACAUAACACGAGAAGAAUCACAGUUGGUUGACAAGUAUUAUUGUCCGAAUUGCGCAGGUAUGAUAUAA